ACCAUUCAAUAAAGUUGCCAGGUGCUCGUCACUACGCUCGUGUAUUGCAGACAAGCUUACUUUAAACUCUACUUACUUGGACAUCAAGAUGUCUACGCAAAUGGAAACUGAAGGAGGAGAUGUGGAGACCUUCGCCUUCCAGGCAGAGAUUGCCCAACUUAUGUCCUUGAUCAUCAACACGUUUUAUUCUAACAAAGAGAUUUUCCUUAGAGAAUUGAUUUCAAACUCCAGUGAUGCUCUUGAUAAGAUUCGCUAUGAGUCUUUGACCGAUCCUUCCAAACUUGACAGCGGUAAAGAGUUGUACAUCAAGAUUAUUCCUAAUAAGAACGAUGGUACUCUGACUAUUAUCGAUACUGGCAUUGGUAUGACAAAGGCUGACUUGGUUAAUAACCUUGGUACAAUUGCAAAAUCUGGCACAAAGGCAUUCAUGGAAGCCCUUCAGGCUGGCGCAGACAUAUCCAUGAUUGGUCAGUUUGGUGUAGGAUUUUAUUCUGCUUACCUUGUAGCUGAUAAGGUUACUGUUGUUUCCAAGAAUAACGACGACGAACAGUACCUAUGGGAAUCCAGUGCUGGUGGAUCGUUCACAGUCAGGCAUGAUACCGGAGAACCAUUGGGACGUGGUACGAAAAUUGUCUUACACAUUAAGGAAGAUCAAAGCGAAUAUUUAGAGGAAACUAAAAUUAAGGAAAUCGUUAAGAAGCACUCUCAAUUUAUUGGUUAUCCGAUUAAGUUGGUCGUGCAAAAGGAGCGCGAAAAGGAAUUGAGCGAAGAUGAAGCUGAAGAGCCAGAAGAAAAGAAAGAAGAAGACGAUGGAAAACCAAAAAUUGAGGAUGUAGGAGAAGAUGAAGAGGCAGAUGAUAAGGACAAAGAUGAGAAGAAAAAGAAGAAGAAAACUAUUAAAGAGAAGUACACAGAAGACGAAGAACUGAACAAAACUAAACCCAUCUGGACCAGAAAUCCUGAUGACAUCACCCAAGAAGAAUACGGCGAAUUUUACAAAUCUCUGACCAAUGAUUGGGAGGACCAUUUGGCUGUCAAACAUUUCUCUGUAGAAGGCCAGUUGGAAUUCAGAGCUUUACUUUUCGUUCCUCGUCGCAUGCCAUUCGAUCUCUUUGAGAAUAAGAAGAGGAAAAAUAACAUUAAACUUUAUGUAAGAAGAGUAUUCAUCAUGGACAACUGCGAAGAACUGAUUCCAGAGUAUUUGAACUUCAUGAAGGGAGUGGUCGACAGCGAAGAUCUUCCAUUGAACAUUUCUCGUGAGAUGCUUCAGCAAAAUAAAAUUUUAAAAGUUAUUCGUAAGAACCUUGUUAAGAAAUGUCUUGAAUUGUUUGAGGAACUCACGGAGGAUAAGGAUAACUACAAGAAAUUCUAUGAACAGUUCAGCAAGAAUAUUAAAUUAGGUAUUCACGAAGAUAGCGCUAACCGCAGUAAAUUAUCCGAUCUUCUGAGGUAUCACACUUCAGCUUCUGGAGAUGAAGCUUGCUCUCUUAAGGACUAUGUAGGCAGAAUGAAGGAAAAUCAGAAGCACAUAUACUUCAUCACUGGAGAGAACAAGGAACAAGUUGCAAACAGUUCGUUUGUCGAACGAGUAAAGAAACGUGGCUUCGAAGUUGUCUACAUGACUGAACCCAUCGACGAAUACGUAGUACAACAAUUGAAAGAAUUCGAUGGAAAGCAGUUGGUGUCUGUAACCAAAGAAGGAUUGGAACUUCCCGAAGAUGAAGAGGAGAAGAAGAAGCGAGAGGAGGACAAAGCCAAGUUUGAAAACUUGUGCAAAGUAAUGAAGAAUAUUCUUGACACAAAGGUUGAGAAGGUGGUGGUAUCCAAUCGUUUGGUCGACUCUCCUUGCUGUAUCGUUACUUCGCAAUAUGGUUGGACAGCAAAUAUGGAGAGGAUUAUGAAGGCUCAAGCUCUUAGGGACACAUCUACCAUGGGAUACAUGGCAGCAAAGAAGCAUCUUGAAAUCAAUCCGGAUCAUGCUAUCAUCGAAACACUCAGACAAAAGGCGGACGCUGACAAGAGCGACAAGGCGGUAAAAGACUUAGUAAUUUUGUUAUUCGAGACUGCGCUUCUUUCUUCAGGUUUUACUUUGGAUGAACCACAAGUACACGCUGCCAGAAUUUAUAGAAUGAUCAAGCUGGGUCUUGGUAUUGACGAAGAAGAACCGCUUACACUCGAAGACCAGAAAGUUGAGGACGUUCCUACGGAUGAAGUAGCCGAAGAUGCAUCUCGAAUGGAAGAAGUAGAUUAGAUAUAAGAUCUGAAUAGGAAGUAAGAAAUUAAUGUCAUUUAGUCAUUAAAAGACUGUUAAAAUAGCCACGUUUUAUGUGGUAUAUUGAUGACCAUUCUCAUUUUUAUUUUCUGUAUUAAAUAAUUUUUAAUUUAUCAUACCAAAUUUUGUUUAAAUGCCAAAAAUCUUUGGAAUAAGUUACAAUUACAAUAAAGUAAACUUUAUUAUUAAA